UUCUGGAGGCUGAAGUUUUAGUCGGGGUGGAGGCGGCCGUCGGCCAGCGGCAAGGCAGGUUGGGUGAAGAGGGGCAGGCCUGACCUCCGUGCACAGGGUUGUGCGGAUUAUAUGCAUUAGUGAUUGACUUUGAGUCACCAAUAAUGCAUUAACACUUUAAGGAAAGAAAAGCAUUUCCCCUUGGCAGUCAUUUAACCAAGAAUGUCAUUGAUCAGAGUGAAUCGCUUUGGUCCCCGGGGAGGUGGAAGAAAAACUCUGAAAGUAAAGAAGAAAGCUGCAGUGAGGCAAGAAUGGGAUAAUACUGUGAAUGAUCUAACAGUUCACCGGGCAACUCCUGAAGAUCUGGCACGCCGUCACGAGAUACACAAGUCAAAGAAUAGAGCAUUGGUGCACUGGGAACUUCAAGAAAAAGCUUUGAAGAGAAAAUGGAAGAAACAGAAACCAGAAAAUUCAAGUCUUGAAAAAAGAAAAUUAUCUAUCAUGAAGGAGAUGCUUUCCGAUCAGUACCAGACACAGGAUAUCCUGGAAAAAUCCGAUCAUCUGAUAGCUGCGGCCAAAGGACUGUUUGUUGAUGUCCCUCGUAAGCGUGUAGGAUUUCCAAAUGUAACAAUGGCUCCAGAUUCUUCUCAGCGUCCCACUGGAGUAAAUCAAGACCCUGUUACCCAGUCUCUCUUUAAUGAAUCUGUCACAGAACCUCAGGCUCUGAAUGAAGUGGACGAUGAAGGGGAAGAAAGCACUGCUCACAGCCAGUCAGAAGACAGCGAGACUGAACUGCCUAACUCCCUCAGCUCUCAGCCUAACAGGAGUACAAAGAGGUUUCUUCACCAACUAAAGGAAGAGAAUUCUGAAUUAAUCAAUCAACUGUGGACUGAUAUUCAGCAGAAAAUAGCUACCCAGUCACAGAGAACUCCUCCAGGAACUCUACCCUUGGAGGUCUCAGCAGAGGAACAGAAAGUUGCUCUGAAUGCCACGGAUGCUGUCAAGAGAAUCCAUGCUGGUCUUCAGCCUGAGGAGGCUGCUGAGGCUUUAGACUCCAGCUAUGUGGGACAAGUGCUGAACUCAAGGAAGCAAAAGCAGCUGUUAAGUAAAGUGAAAAGGAAACCAGAUAUAUGUGCUCCUUCCAAGCAGACGAAAAACAUGUUAUCCACCAGCACAACCUCUGCAGAUUUACCAACCAACAAUAACUCCAGCCUGGAUAUCCUCAAACACAUGAUAAAUGAAGUGGAACAUGAAAUGGAAGAAUAUGAGCGGUGGACAGGGCGUGAGGUCAAGGGCCUGCAGGGUGGUCAGGGGCUCACAGGCUUCACCCUGUCACUGGUGAGCUCUCUCUGCCGCCUAGUUCGGUACCUUAAAGAGAGUGAGAUCCAACUGCGGAAGGAAGUGGAGACACGGCAGCAGCUGGAACAGAUGUUAGGUGAUCAUCGAGAGCUCAUCGAUGCCCUGACAGCUGAAAUUCUCCUCCUUAGAGAAGAGAACAGUACCACGCAGGCGCGACUUCAGCAGUACAUGGUCACUACAGAUGAGCAGCUUAUAUCGCUGACACAUGCCAUUAAGAACUGUCCUGUGAUAAAUAAUUACAGACAAGAAAGUCAAGCAUCAGAAAGGGCACCUAUGGGUAGAAGACUUGUGGAUAAUGUAGAGGGUCCUGUUGUAAGCACUAAUGUCUCCGUGCCAUUGAUGUUCAGAGGGGAAGAAGUGGCCGAAUUCCCACAGGAAGAGUUGCCUGUUAAACUGUCUCAGGGGCCAGCCCCCACAGAGAACUUGAAUCUGGCCAGUAAUUUCCCAGCACAUAUUUUUGAGCCAGCUGUGAUGCUAACACCACCCAGGCAAAAGAGCAAUUCGGAAUUCUCUCCUCUGCAGGAUGUGUUGAGGAGAACUGUUCAGACUCGUCCUGCCCCACGAAUCCCUCCCACUGUGGAAGUCAUAGAGAAGGAGCAGAACUGGGAAAAGAAGACCUUGCCUAUUGACCCAGACAUUCAGAACUCAAGUGAGGAGAAUCAUCUCUUCACGCAGAGGUGGAGAGUCUCCCACAUGGGAGAAGAUUUGGAGAACAAAGCGCAGCCACCAUUUGUUAACCUGUCACAGCCCCCUUGCAAUUCCCUUCCCACCACUCAGCAGUCAAGAAACCCUACGUUCUCAGAAGAGCCCUCAGUGCUUGGAGAUGGGCAGCAGCUUAGGGCAAAUGAGGCACUGAUACAAAGGAAGGCCGUAAUGGCACGGAUUGCAGAGUUGACACUGCAGAAUUCAGCCAUCAAGGCACACCUGAAUAACAUCACCAGCUCAGGGGGAGAGCAAGGGGAUGGACUUCGGGAGCAGAGCAAACAGGGAAGUGUCAGCAGCGACAUGCCCUCUAAUUUCCCAGCAGCUCAGUCUCUAACGCCAAGUAGCAUGGAGGAACGGAUUGCAGAGUUGAACCGACAGAGCAUGGAGGCUCGCAGCAAACUGCUCCAGCUGAUAGAGCAGCAGAAACUUGUUGGUUUGAACCUGUCCUCUUCCCCAGUGUCACCUGUCCAAUCAUCUGUCAGAGUGUGGGCCGAAGAAGGAAAGCGAACCAUUGAUGUAUCUGUUCCAAUAGCAGACGCUCCAGAGAGUUCGAAAUGCAGCACUAUCUCCCCUGUUGGUGGGAUCAACUCAAGAAGAUCUUCAGGAACUACUAGCAAUUCUUGUUCUCCACUAAACGCCACCUCUGGAAGUGGGAGGUUCACGCCUGUUAAUCCAAGAACAAAGACUGAAAAGCAAAACGAAGAAGGCUGGUUUGCUCUUUCUACCCAUAUGUCAUAAGUAGAGUCCAAGUGUUCUCAGUGACAUGUUCCUGGCUUUCCCUUCCCACCUUUUGGAUUUUCUUUUCAAGUUGUGGCAGUUUUCUUCAGACGAAACCUGCAAAGAUAUCCUAUAUUUAUGGGAACAAAUAUUUUAAAGAAACAAUUAUUUUAAUACUUUCUUUACCUUUUCAAAUAGAUUUUUCAACAAAGCAUCUAACCCAUGAAUUCCCUGUGACUAAAACUCUGGCUGUAAAAUUAAAAUUUUAUAUUUGA